UUGAGUGCGGUUUGUUGGGUUUUGUGAAUUGCUUGAGAAAAGAACCGGCCGGAGAACUUGUUAGGGGUGUGCUUAUUCAAGAUAAGGAGGCUCCUAAAUUUUCUCUACAAGAUUCUUUUUAUUUAGAGCAACUACAAAAAGAUAUGACCAUUAACGUAUUGCGAUCUAAUAAAAUCUGGGGGUCCUAUAAACAUUUAAGAUUACCACACCCGGAAACCAAGCUUGUAUCUACCGCUCAAGUCUGCCAAACGGUUCAUGGUGAUAUAAGCACAUUCUCUUGGAUAGAAAACAGUCUGUCUGUCGAGUCUUGCGGUGAAGAUUUAGUAUAUGUGGUUUAUUCAUCACUUAAUUUCAAAGAUGUAAUGCUUGCUACUAGCAGAUUCGUAUCAAAUCGAGCGAUUUCGCUUGGGCGGUUGUUUGAAUAUACACCAUUAGGAAUGGAAUACGUGGGAUUCGAUGCCAAGGGCCAACGUGUAAUGGGACUUCGUGAUACAGA